AUGACGGCCACUCCACCCACUCUCGCUGCCCUCUCGGCGAAAAACCUAUACCUCCAACCUCUUCCCCCAUCGCACACCCCUUUACCGGGAAAAGAGAAUUUCGGGCGAUACAUGCUGUCUAUCCCGUGGAACAACGUCACAGGGUGGGGUCAGGCGACCAUUGAGCCAAGGAGGGAUAUCACUGUAGACCCAUUGAGCGGGGUCAUGCAGUAUGCGGGGACGUGCUUUGAGGGGAUGAAGUGCUAUAAGACCGAAGAGGGCGAUCUGAGGCUCUUCCGUCCUAGCAAGAACUUUGAUCGGCUCAAGCGAAGCGCAGCUCGUCUGGGUUUGCCUUGUGAAUGGGACAAUGAUGAGCUGGUAUCUCUGCUCGCAAAGCUGGUAUCUCUUGAAUCCGACCUGGUCCCGCAGUAUGACGGCGGUAAUCUCUACAUCCGACCCACAAUGAUCGAGACCGGUGAAGCCUACGGUAUCAAGGCAUCGCCGUAUGCCUCAUCCGCGCUGCUGUACAUCGUGACCGCGGUGAACCUGGGCAAGGCACUGUAUGCCAGCGCAGAGGAGGAAGGGAAGGGCAUCAAGCUGGAUGCGUGCAAGGAGUAUAUCAGGGCUUGGCCGGGAGGAACCGGGAGCUACAAGCUCGGUGCCAACUACGGAACCGUCAUGAUCGCCAAGAAGCCUGACUUUGCCAUGUCCCUCUGGGUUCACACUGAGGGCGGCGAAGACUACAUCUCGGAAGCGGGCGCUAUGAACGUGUUUAUCAUCAAGCAAGCUGAAGAUGGAGCCCUCGAGUUUAUCACCAUGUCCCUGUCAAACGGGAUCGUCCUUCCCGGUAUCACCCGUGACUCGAUCAUUGAGCUUCUGCGCAAGCACGGCGCGAACGAGAAGGACUUCCCGCUUGACGGGAUGCUGAGGAACAUCAGGGUAGUGGAGAGGGACAUCAGCAUGUCGGAGAUCACGUCGAGUCUGGCCGAUGGGUCUCUCAAGGGGAUGUUCGGAUGCGGUACCGGUGUCGUGGUCGUGUCGAUCGGUCAGAUCCAGUACGACAACCAGAUGUACACGAUCCCACACAACCCCCUCGUCCUCCUCCUCCGCGAUACUAUCACCGGGAUGCAACGCGGUAAGAUCGAGCACGAGUGGAGCUACAAGGUGCCCGAGUGGAAGGGGGUCAGGGCAGAGGCGGCGGCGGAAAGCAAGGGGAACGACGAGAAGGCGGAGGAUCUGGCCGCUUGA